CUACGCGUGGUUUGUCUGCGGUUUCGCUGGAGCGCACUGUUUAACGACGCUGAAGCUCACUUUGGCAAGGUGUUAGCGGCUCACAUUUGGGGUUGCAUUCGGGGUUGAAUGUUCAGUGUUGAUUAUAUAUUACGACUGAAACCGUAAACCGCGAUGGCGGACCCAUAUGAUCGCGGUUACUACAAAAAGCGUCCUUACGCUGCCAAGUUCCAGGAGCGUGAGCAGGAGGCGGACUCGAGUCAGCAGAUUAAACCGGUGUUCAUACUCGCCAAGCAUCCGGACCGGGGCACUUCUUCCCAGAGUCAGUCGCAAGCAAGUGGUAGAUGCCACUUCCGGAGAGAGUUCAAAGCCAACCGUUCUGCUCAGCAAAGCAUCGUCAAGGGCUGAAUCCCCGGCGUCAUCAUCUAGCACAUCUAAAGACGAUGCCCCCGCAUCGGCAUCGGUAGCCACUAACCCAUCCAUCAAGCAACCGCCUCCCGAGAGCUUGAGUGACCGACUCGCAGCGCCUCCCGACAUGGCUGCCCCUGUCAAGUUUAUCGACGAUUCCUUACAGUGGUGUGACAGUGCGCUCGAGUACCUUCUGGACCAGCCAGACUUCUACGUGGUUGGAAUUAUUGGCAUGCAGGGCGCUGGAAAGUCAACCAUUAUGUCCAUACUCGCUGGUCAAUAUGGCCAAGCAGGCACGAGGCAGCUGUUUCGUCCGCAGAGCCGAGAAUUGCGGGAGCUCGGCCAGCAUUGUACAACAGGUGUGGACAUUUACGUCACUCCAGAAAGGAUGAUUCUGCUCGAUACUCAGCCAGUCAUCAGUGCCUCGGUGAUGGACCACAUGAUCCAGUUUGAGAAGAAGACACCCGGUGGGGGAGAUUUCCAUUCACUGGAAAAUGCUCAUGUCAUGCAGUCUCUGCAGAUGGCCUCUUUCCUUAUGGCUAUCUGCCACACGGUCAUCGUCGUGCAAGAUUGGUUUGCCGACCCAAAUUUUCUCAGGUUUGUCCUUACGGCUGAAAUGCUGAGGCCGACAACUUCCUCACACGACCAAAGUCGCAGCAACGGCGAAGACGUUGCUGAAAGCUUCCCUCACUUAGUGUUUGUGCAGAACAAAUGCACUCCCGGCGACUUUUCUCCCGAGAAUAUUGCAGCCAUGAGCCAGACAUUGGAUGCCAUUUUUACCAAGUCGAAAUUGAAGUACAAAGGCCCAGGACACAUAAGUAUGGAUGCCUCGGUCACACUUGGCAAGGAGAAGCAACACCAAGGACCAAAUUUGUUCCUGCUUCCCAAGAAGCUGUCUGAGCAAGAGGAGAAGCGGAGGAGCGAAGGCGACGCUGCGCCAGGAUAUCAGGAUGGCGGCCGACUGGAGCAGCUAGCUUCAUUUCUGACCCUCCAAAUAGGCUGCAUGCCGAAGCAGCACAUCACUCACACGCCCCUCACAGAGAAAAACUGGUUCCACUACUCGGCACGGUUAUGGGAUGCUAUGCAGAAGUCCAUGGUCUUCAUGGAGUACAGUCGGCUGCUUCCAUAAGGGGUUGUAAUAGGUGAUAUAGUACUUUGUGAUGUAUGGAAGAAGCAAAAGGAAAUGAACUGGGGAACGUGUGUUAUUGUGUAAAUAAAUAUGUACCAGAAACA